AUGUUCACCCUUGAUGGUGACUCCUCUGACUAUUUCGAUGAUGAUCUGGGCGACUUGGGCGUCGACCGGCCUUCGGAUUCGACUGACCCUGACACUCCCCCACCAGCCAAGCGCCGUCGUCUAAGAGCCGGUAAAGAUGCGUCAAACGCAGACCUGCAAUCGCAUCAGAAGCCACGUGCAGAGCGUGGUGAUGGUGCUAGGACAGCGCUAAGCUCGGACUCGUUUAUCGACUAUGAUGAUGACGAAGUGCCAUCUCCCGAACGAGAGUCACCCUACUUCCAAGACGAUAGUGAACGGGAGGCACGGUCCAAAUACAAAGUCUUCGCUCCCAAGAACGCAAACAUCCAAGAGAACAUCUUUGUGACACAGCUAACACAACCUCCCUCUCCGCCGGAAAUGCUUCGUGGUCCCCGGUGGAAGAAGCCUGAUCCUGGCUUGCCAACCCGAACUGUUGCCACCCCGCUACCAGAGACAACUCAAAGCAGAGAAUCUGCUGCUGGUGAUAGAGAUGAUGAGUAUGAUGAUGAUGAAGAGAUGAAAGCGGCGAUUGAGGCAUCGUUGCAAUCAUUCGAGGAAGAAACAUCAAGACCAGCUCCCUCCGUGCCUUUACAAAAGCCCCCAUCAGCUACUCCCAUUAUUGGACAACAGAGCACUACCAUCGAGGCCUCCAAUGACCUUUUGGAUGAUAUACCUGAUGAUGCCUUUGACUCAGACCUGUCAAUGUCGCCGCCUCCUGCGCCCCAGCCUCGCCCGGCGGCUCGGUCAUUCACACAGUCAACGAAUCGCCCACUAGGUGUCCGCCAAACCACACUAUUUGGUAUGGUUGCUAGAAACCCAGAAAAUCAGCCACCACGCGGUGAACAGGUGUACUCCCCGCCUGAGAAAAGCGAGCCACCUACUCAGCAUAAACUUAACCAGGAAGCCUUGGGUACGUGGGUUUACCCUACAAAUCUGGGUAAAACUCGAGACUAUCAGUUCAAUAUUGCACAGAAAGGCCUCUUUCACAAUUUGCUUGUAGCCCUACCCACGGGUCUUGGAAAAACGUUCAUUGCAGCUACUAUCAUGCUCAACUGGUUUCGAUGGACGAAGGACGCUCAGAUCGUCUUUGUUGCGCCUACAAAACCGCUAGUUGCCCAGCAGAUUUCUGCAUGCUUUGAGGUCGCUGGAAUCCCAAGAUCCCAGACCACUAUGCUCACGGGGGAGGCUGCUCCGGGAAUCCGAGCCGAAGAAUGGAAGGCGAAACGGGUGUUCUUCAUGACACCUCAAACCUUGAUCAACGACCUCAAAACCGGGAUUGCUGAUCCGAAGCGGAUUGUCUUAGUCGUUGUUGACGAAGCUCAUCGUGCAACCGGUGGUUAUGCAUAUGUCGAGGUUGUCAAGUUCCUGCGGCGGUACAAUCAGAGCUUCCGCGUCCUGGCUUUGACAGCUACGCCAGGCUCAACGGUGGAAUCUGUUCAGGCUGUCAUUGACGGCCUCGAUAUAUCGAGAGUCGAGAUACGGACAGAGCAGUCACUCGAUAUCAGAGAGUAUGUCCAUUCGAAAGACACGGAUGUGCAGACAUUCCAGAAUUCAGAGGAGAUGGUCCUUUGCAUGGACCUGAUGUCGAAAGCUCUACAGCCACUUCUUGAUCAAUUACGGAGUACAAAUGCCUAUUGGGGCCGUGACCCCAUGGGUCUCACAGCAUACGGACUCACCAAAGCCAGACAGCAAUGGAUGCUGUCCGACUCCGGCAGGAACGCCCAUUUCGGCGUGAAGGCCAAAAUGAAUGCAAUUUUCACGGUUCUAGCCAGCUUGGCUCAUGGCAUCGAUCUUCUCAAAUACCAUGGGAUUACACCCUUUUACCGUCAUCUUCUGCAUUUCCAAUCCAACACCGAGGGACAAAAGGGCGGCAAGUAUCAGCGGCAAGUCGUUCAGGAUGAGAGCUACAAAAAGCUCAUGAACCAUUUGCAGCCGUGGACAAAGAAUCCAGAGUUCAUUGGACACCCCAAGUUGGAGUAUCUGAAGCAGGUAGUGUUGAAUCAUUUCAUGGAUGCUGGUGAAGGCUCUGGGGCAGACGAAAACAAGGAUCAACCAGCCACUCGCGUGAUGAUAUUCGUACACUUCCGUGAUAGCGCAGAAGAGGUCACGAGAGUACUCAAGAGAUACGAGCCCAUGAUUCGGCCCCAUGUCUUCGUGGGGCAGAGUAGCGCCAAAGGCUCGGAAGGAAUGGGACAGAAAACACAACUCGACAUUGUGCAGAAGUUCAAAAAGGGUACCUACAACACCAUCGUUGCAACUUCAAUCGGCGAGGAAGGUUUGGAUAUCGGUGAGGUAGACCUCAUCGUGUGUUACGACUCUUCAGCUUCGCCUAUUCGUAUGCUUCAGCGCAUGGGACGUACCGGUCGAAAGAGAUCAGGAAAAAUCACGCUCCUACUCAUGCAAGGCAAAGAAGAAGAGUCCUACAUCAAGGCCAAGGACAAUUACGAAAAGAUGCAGCAGAUGAUAGCCAGUGGCACCCGAUUCACCUUCCAUGAUGACAUGUCUCCGCGGAUCUUGCCCCCGGGUGUGCGGCCUGUUGCUGAUAAACGAGCGAUUGAUAUUCCCGAGGAGAACACUGUGCGAGAUCUACCAGAGCCGAAACGACGCGGCCGGGCACCGAAGAGGCCGCCGAAGAAAUUCCAUAUGCCUGAUAAUGUCGAAACCGGGUUCACUACGGCAUCGCAUUUGGCCGGGACCUCGAAGCGCAAAGUACCAAAUAAAAGUAAGGCUCGAACGCCGACUCCAGAGCCCGUGGAAUUACCGGCGCUUGAAGAUGUCCUGCUUACCCCGGCGCAGCAAAAAGAACUUGAACUCCAUUACAGCAACGCCGGGCCCAGUGAAGAGCUUUUGGUCAGUUAUCCCAGAAGCGACGCCUUCCCACGCCUUCAGCUCGCGCCUAGACCUACGAAAGCGGUUAGGCACGGGUCAUUAACUCGUCGCAUGAUUGAAACGUUGCAGAAGAUGGACCAGAUCACUCCAGACUGUGGAGAUCGAUACAAGGGGAUCUUAGCGCGUGAGAAAGCCUCCAUGCCAAAAGCCUCGAUAGUAGCGCCUAAGCCCAACGGCCGUGGGGAGGCUCAGUCGAGGACCAAAGCAAGGCACACAUCCAAGGUGGUGUCAUCCAAGCCAAGGAAUCAGGAAGAGCAGGAUGUGACUGAAGUACAACGAACCCCACCAGGCAAGCACUCAGUAUCAGCGACUAACGCUGAAGUGGAACCGUUCUACUGCUCGCAGAGGACCCAAGAUGGAGAUACAGACGAUGAUUUUGACCUUCCUGAUGUCUCUACUCUGUUGAAUAGGAGUGUGGAGAGGCCCUCGAAACGGGGCCGGUUUGUUCUGGAUGAUAGUGAUGACUGA